UUUAAGCUUCGUACUACUAAACAGAAGGACUUAUAAAUAUUUCCUUCUCGAUUCCCACAUUAAUUCACAUCUCCACUUCUCACUAAACAGAAAAAAACAGAACUUGACAAAAUGUGUGAUAAAGGGUCAGUAGCAAAAGAAAAAUUAGGAGCAGAAGUGAAGUAUGGUCAUUGCUUAGAAGUUAUAUGUAAAGAUGCAGACGUGCAACUUCAUUGGCCUUCCUUUGAUGAACUUUAUGCUCAAGUCUCUCAUGGAAUCAUAUUGCACGAUGGAUGUAAGAAGUAUAAGCUUGAUAAGAAUACAAACUGUAACUGGUGGCUUGUGGGUCCAAAAUGCUUAUCAAUAGCAUGGAUUGACGAUACUCGGUACUGGAGAUGGAUAACCAUCAAUGAAUCUGGGGAAACAUGGUUUGUGGCGGAGCUUCUACAAGUAUCUUGGUUUGAUAUGCGUGCGAAAAUAAGUGCAACUGCGCUGUCAUCAAGAGUUGUGUAUGAUGCAAUAUUUAUAAUAAUGUUAGCCGAUAGAGCUUCAGGAUGGGAAGUUCCUGUGAGCAUAGAACUGAAGAGGCCAAAUGGGUGCAAGAUAGAAAGCAAAGUAAGUCUGCAAGGUGUGAAACGAGGAGAAUGGGUGGAGAUUGUGGUUGGUGAUUUCAUCGUCGAUAAUUGUAGCUGUGAGAGUGGUGGUGAGAUAGAGGUUAGCAUGUAUCAACAUGGUGGGCAUUGGAAGAGGGGACUUCAUUGCAAAGGUGUUGAGUUUCGACCUCGUGGAUCCUGUGUUGCAUGAAAAUCAUGAUCAUCUAUCAAAUAUAUGAAGAUAUAUAUAAUCAUAUAUUAUGUCAUAAAUAAUAUCCCUUUUUGCUUAUAAGCAACAAAGGCUGAGUUUUAAACAUCCUUUUGUUUUUAGAUACCAUAUAAAUGAUGAAUGCAUAGAACGAAUUUGCUAAGUAAUAUUAUGAAAAGAAGAUAGAAUUUUAUAUAUAUGUUAUUAUCA